GGCGCCACAUUUCAAGAUGCUGCCUCUCGCUACGAAUUCAGUGAAAACACUAAACACUAUCCCGGUUGGGUCUUGAUGAGCUUUGUCGAUGAGUUUGCUGAACCUUGGGGUCGCCAUCCUCCUGAUAAACUCAGAUUCAAUGACGUCUCUCGACGAUAAUGAGGGACACUGAUCAAGGCAAAGCACAGAUGUGGAUGGAAAAACUAUCCCUCUCCGCUGUGGCACCCGGAAUAUUAUCUCGGAAGUGUGCCAAAUACUAGUUUCGGACUAGGAUAGGUCAAUAGACAUUGUAGUUUUCCCGCUCAGAGAAUAAGUACAAUAUAAUACGAUUAUGGAAUUAUAGUGGUAUAAAACGCAACAUAAAUCAAACUCCCUAAAGCCAAACCUUCAACAGGAUACAUCGGCUAAGUAUUAUUACUACUCCAUCGAUCCACAGAGGUUUAUUGUGGAUCAAUUACUUAAGCUCUGUCCUUACGCAGGAUGCAUACACUCGCAGAGGAACCCCAGGAUUAUGGUCACUCUCCACCGCCAUUAAAUGUUUUGUCUUAAGAGCUGUGCUGUGUACCAGGUGGUUAGUGGUUUUUAGUGACCAUUUAUAGCAUAAUGCCACGCAAGAAGCGUUCCUCCAGCCCCCUGGAUUUCUACGAUGACGACUUUGAUGAGGAUGCCAGCUCGCAAAGCUCCCAACCGCCGGUGCAACGCAAUGCGGCGAAUGCCCGGGAGCGGAUGCGUAUGCGGAUCCUGUCAAGCGCGUACGGACGUCUGAAGACCAAAUUGCCCAACAUUCCGCCCGACACGAAGCUCUCAAAGUUGGACACGUUGCGUUUGGCGACGCUCUACAUUAAACAGCUAAUUACGGCCGUCGAGACUGGCAGCCACAGCCAUAGCCACAACCACAGCCACUCGAACACCGCCGGAAUGGAUGCCCUGGACACGAGUCAUAUGCCUGAGGCGUCACACGGUUGCGGCAGUGGUGGGGCCAACGUAGGAGCAAGCCUAAGCGGAGGCGGAGGCAAUUUCCAUUUCCACAAUGGAGGACACAGCGGCAUGAGCUGGCCCUUUGAGUUUCAUCAGAGCAAUCGCAGCCUGCCUUUUGGCUCCUCCCGCAUGGACUGGCAGUCGCUGCAGGCCCAGUCAUACCCGAAAUCCGCACGCAGUGAGUUAGACGUUCCGGCCGCUCUCAGUUACGGCCAGAUGCAGGAUUCGCAUGGCCACUGGUAUCCUUCGGAGAUGCACCAGAUGGAGGUGACGGCCACAAUCAAUGGUUGUGCCUAUGAGACGGCUACAGCGGGAAUGGGACAGCACCAGCGCGGCAUAGCAAUAGCUACCAGCCAUGCCCAUGGUUUACAAUAAUGCAUAUACAUGAAUUUAUGAAUGUUGUUCUCACUCAACUCAAGCCAAAUGUAAUUUACUAACUAUUCGUAAUUGUAUUAAAUCGUGAUUUAAUUAUAA